CAGCAGCAUCACCAUCAUAACUCCCACCCGCCUCUUUUUCCUUCUCCUUUUUCAGUGAGAAACUCUCUGUUUCUGUUUGACCUCAUUUUCUUAAGAAGAAUUCUGAGCCAGGUGCGCCUUCUUUCAUUCAAUUUUGCUCUUGCUAAAAAGCUUCAAAAGAACUGAGAACGCAAAGAUAGGUGAUGAACAUAGGUUCUUGUCUGCAUUUUAUGAACUGUAUUGGUUAGCUUAAGCGAAAGUUUUGUAGGAAGAUAUGUGCCAUUCAAAUACUUCUUAUGUUACCUUGAUAUUAUGUGUUGUAUGUGUUCCACUCACUGCAUUUGCUUCAUUUUUUCCUGAAGAUAGCUUUUUUAUUGAUUGUGGUGGAAGUAAGGAACUGAAACUCGAUGAUGGCCGGGUUUUUGAGCCCGAUUCUGGGAAUCAGCAUGUGGGUUUGUCUCCAGACUCCCACAUUGUGAUUUCUGAGACCAGAACGGGCAACUCAAAUGACUUGAUUCUCUGUAGUUCCGCUCGGGUUUUCAAAGAAACUUCAACUUACACUAUUAAUACUAAGCAGAUUGGCCGCCAUUGGCUACGGUUGCAUUUUCAUCCAGUUCAGAAUCCAUAUUAUCAUUUGAAAUCUGCAGUUUUUUCGGUUGUGGCUAAUGGAAUUACACUGCUUCAUGGGUUUUCAUCCUUGAAUUUAGACACAAAGUCCUGUCUUUUCAAGGAGUAUGUGAUCCAGGUGGAUGGUUCAAGUUCAGAAAAGUUGGUGCUGACCUUGUCUCCCUUAAAUGGUUCGAUUGCAUUUAUCAAUGGGAUAGAGAUCAUAUCUACGCCUGAUGGGCAAUAUCCUUCCAGGGCAGUGCCCGUUCCCCUUCGGCCUACAGUUGAGAUCCCCACUCAUGUAGCUUUCGAGACAGCUUAUAGAAUUAACAUGGGAGGUCCACUUCUGACUUCAAAGGACGAUUCACAAUGGAGGAUAUGGGAACCAGAUCAAUCUUUUCUUGUUAAUGCUGCUUCUGCAAGAAAUGUAACGGUCGAUCCUGAUUCAAUCAAAUACCUUGAUGGGGUAUCGAGAGAAGUUGCACCAAAUUUGGUUUACUCAACAGCACAAGAAAUGGCGGAUGCAAAUGUCAUCAAUCAGAGAUUUAACAUUUCAUGGGCGUUUGAAGUUGAACCCAUGUUCACCUAUCUCAUUAGGAUGCAUUUUUGUGACAUUGUUAGCAUAACUACUGGUACUUUGUUUUUCAAUGUGUAUAUUAACAAUCAAUCUGCUCUAGACUCUUUUGAUAUCUCAAGCAAAACAAUGGAACUUUCUGCUGCUUACUUUGUAGACUUCAUUGCCGACGCUUCGGCGGGUUCGAAUCGGAUUCUGGUACAAGUAGGUCCUUCCAAUCUGAGGAAUUUUCCACCCAAUGCAAUUCUAAAUGGUUUGGAGAUAAUGAAAAUAAGCAAUCCAAGUGACAGCCUUGUCAGGAAUCUUAGACCAGACUACGUUGAUUCCAGGAUCCCCAAGAGAAAAAAGUGGAUACUGCUGCUGGCAAUUACUUCUUCAGUCGGUCUUGCAGUUUUGGUGCUCAUCUUAGCGGCUUUGUACUUGUAUUUGCGCCAUCCAAAGAAGCCUAGGCAUGAGACUGCGGCUUGGCACGUGGGAAAUUCUAAUAGCAAAGUUUCAGUUGGUAGCUUUGCUUCAACAUCACAUUCUCUUAGUUUAGGCCGUGUUCUAGCAUUCUCUGAGAUUCGUGAAGCAACAAAGAACUUUGAUCAACGCUUGGUUCUUGGUGUUGGUGGUUUUGGAAAGGUUUAUAAAGGAGUGCUAGAAAAUGGGGUUGUGGUUGCAGUAAAGCGAGGAAACCCGCAAUCCCAGCAAGGAUGUAAUGAAUUCAGAACAGAAAUUGAGAUGCUUUCGAAGCUCCGGCACAGACACCUGGUUUCUCUUAUUGGCUACUGUGAAGAAUUCGAUGAGAUGAUCCUUGUCUAUGAGUUUAUGGCCGGGGGUCCCCUCCGUAAGCACUUGUAUGGCUCAGAUCUUCCCCCACUUACUUGGAAACAAAGGCUGCAAGUUUGCAUUGGAGCUGCAAAAGGUUUGCACUACCUUCAUACUGGAGCAGCAGAGAGUAUAAUCCACCGUGAUGUUAAAACAACCAACAUUCUACUCGAUGAAAAUCUCACUGCAAAAGUGUCAGAUUUUGGAUUGUCUAAAUUAGGCCCUACACUGGAUCAAACCCAUGUGAGUACUGCAGUGAAGGGGAGCUUUGGUUACCUUGAUCCUGAGUACUAUCGUCGACAACAACUCACAGAGAAAUCUGAUGUGUAUUCUUUUGGAGUUGUAAUGAUGGAGGUUUUAUGUGCUAGACCAGCUGUAAACCCUUCUCUUCCAAGAGAACAAAUUAACAUAGCAGAAUGGGCCAUGAACUGGCAAAAGAGGGGGCAGUUAGAGAAGAUAAUAGAUCCCCAUCUUGCAGGAUCUGUUAAUCUUGAUUCCCUGCGAAAAUUUGGUGAAACAGCAGAGAAGUGCCUAGCUGAACAUGGUACUGACAGGCCAACAAUGGGAGAUGUCUUGUGGAAUUUGGAGUAUGCUCUUCAGCUACAAGAAGCUUCUAUACAUAUGGUUUCGGAUGAGAAUAGUGCAAAUUAUAUUCCGGAUAUUCCAGAAUGGGUUCCCCAAAUUGAACCUGCUGAAGGUGAUGUUGCAGACACUAUUAGCUACCAGGACUCUAAUACAACAACAUCAAGUGGAGUAUUUUCAGAGUUGAUGGAUCCAAAGGGAAGGUAGUUCUUCAAAGGGUAAGCUCCUAACACGCAAUUUUAGUUGAGAAUGUUAGUGCCUGUCUUUUACCACAAAUGUGAAAUUUUUGUUUUUACACCAAGUCUCAUAUAACUACUCAAUCCUGAUCAUAACUUCCAAUAGGCUGACCUGUUGUGAAAUGAUAGUGUCAUAGUCUUCAGAUAUAUGCAACCAAAAACUGACAAGGAAUGCCUUUUUGUGCUUACAAAGACCACUUCCUUGAGUGAUUCCUGUGGAUGUUGUCACAUGUUUGGUUUUAAUCUUCCUAGGUUGAUCUUUCUGUAAUGUGUGCUCAUAAGUACCAACAUUUUCAAAA